AUGGCUUUCAAGACGAUGAUGUUCGCCGCUCUGGCCGCCGUCCCGGCCGUCCUCGCCUUCCCCCUCGAGUCCCGAGCUGGCUGCCAGUACAACGGCCCUUGGCAGAACUUCCCUUCCAUGAGCCAGUGGCUUCCCUGGACUGAGGUCUUUGGCCGCUACGAGCAGUCCAUGGUCAACGCCGGCUCUACCUGGGACGAUGUCGGCCGCAUCAACGUCGCCAUCAGCAACGCCGCCGCCACCAUUGGCGUUGACGAGCGUGUCAUCCUCGCCAUCAUCCUCCAGGAGAGCAGCGGUUACGUCGGUGUCCCGUGCACUGGCGGCGACGACUGCGGUCUCAUGCAGUGCGAGGGCUGCCCCUCUUUCCAGGGCCAGAACGGCCUUCCCCAGGAGGACACCUCUGCCAUGAUCAACGGCGGUACCCAGCACUUCAAGGGCAACCUGGAGGACUGGGGCAACCAGUGGGCCGAGUCUUCCAUCUACCCUGCUCUGCGCGAGUACAACUCUGGCAGCGUCAACUCUGGCGACCUCAGCACUGCUGCUGGUGGCUUCGGCGUUCCUUGCUACGUCAGCGACGUCGCUCGCCGCAUGCUCGGCGAGGUCUUCUAA